AUGAAUUUCUACGUGUCUCAUUCAUUCCUCUCCGUUCAAGGAAUCGGUUCGUCGAUCAGCACGUCGACGAAAAUCGUCAGCGCUGUAGUUCGGCCAAGGUUGGAGGACAUGUCGGCUUUCUCGCAAGAGAUGCAUUUCAACGUUCUCCCGUGGCUGACUGUUUCGCUACCGACAGCCAGUUGUAGCAUCAGCGGAUGGAACCUUCCCGAAGCAGCCUUCAUCGCCGAUCCGCGUUUCCACGAACCAGGACCGGUAGACAUCAUAAUCGGAGCAGAGUAUUACAUGGACCUGCUUCGAAGCGAGCGACACAAGGCGACCGAAGAUGGACCUACGCUACAGAAUACUGAGUUUGGCUGGAUCGUCUCCGGCAAGAUACCCGAUCACCCUGUCGGUGGAUCGCCAUCCUUGACUUUCGUCUGCUCCACGAACGAUCUUCAAGACCAGCUCACGAAGUUCUGGGACCUAGAAACCUGUCAAAGUCACAGUACGCAGUCACUGGGAGAGUCAGCUUGCGAGGCGUACUUCAACCGUACAACCGUACGAGACGAGGCUGGUAGAUUCAUUGUGACCCCUGAGAGUGUAAUCAGUCGACUAGGUUAUUCCGAGACAACAGCGAUCAAGCGACUGAUGGGAAUGGAAAGACGAUUCGCAGCUAAUCCCGAGCUGAAAGCGAUGUACGCCGAGUUCAUUCGCGAAUACCUCGAGCUAGGGCACAUGAAGCAAGUGGAACAAGAUGCUGGAGAAGAAGUCAGGAGGUACUUUCUGCCGCACCACGCAGUUCUGAAACCGGACAGCACGACCACGAAGCUGCGAGUGGUUUUUGAUGCUUCGUGCCAGACGUCGACCGGCGUUUCCUUAAACGAUGCGUUGAUGGUCGGUCCCGUCGUCCAGGACGACCUGUCCAGCAUCUGUCUACGAUUUCGAACACACCAAAUAGCCGUAAACGCCGACAUUGCCAAGAUGUACCGUAUGAUCCGAGUCCAGCCCCAAGAUUACCCGUUGCAGAGCAUCAAGUGGCGGAACGAUCCAAGUGAACCGCUUCGAACGUACGAGUUGACUACUGUCACGUACGGCACCUCGUCCGCUCCAUACCUGGCUACAAAAUGCCUACAGCGUCUCGCUGAAGACGGAAAGGCGUCACACCCCGUAGCGUCUGAAGUAAUCGAGAAAGACUUCUACGUGGACGACAUGCUCACAGGAGUUGACACAGUUGACGAAGGUCGGCAGCUGGUGAAGGGAGUCAUCGAGCUGUCGGAUUCAGCGGGUUUCACGUUACGAAAAUGGAACUCCAACAGCGUGGAGCUUCUCGAAGUCGUCCCGGAGAACUUGCGAGAUGAACGUUCCAUCCUCGCACUAGAUUCCGCCGAAACAGCGAUAAAAACUCUCGGUUUAGCGUGGGAACCAGCUACAGAUGUCUUCCGUUUUACCUUCCCCUCGUUCAACUGGACUGCGAUGAUCACGAAGUGCAUUGUAGUCUCCGACGUUUCGCGCCUGUUCGAUUCGCUAGGUCUGGUCAGACCUGUCAUCAUUCAGGCCAAGAUUUUCAUCCAGGAGCUGUGGAAGCAGAGUUGCGGCUGGGAUGACCCUCUGAGUCCCGAGUUACAGGAGCAAUGGCAGGAGUACAAACGCAAUCUAGCUGGAUUGGAAAACCUAACCGUUCCCCGCUGGGUAGGAACCGGCGGUCAUGCUACUGCCAUCGAGCUACAUGGCUUCUGUGAUGCGUCAAACAAGGCGUAUGGUGCUUGCUUCUACGUGCGAACCAUCUCCGAAACGGGGGAGGUGUGUGUGAGGUUGCUGACGGCGAAGUCACGAGUCGCCCCACUCGACAACCUGAAAAGGGGGAACAAGCGUCUCUCGACCCCACGGUUGGAGUUGUCGUCUGCGUUGCUGCUAGCCCAUCUCUUUGAAAAGGUCGUGAGCAGCCUUGGCAUACAUGCAAGGUACUUCUUCUGGACGGACUCAACCAUCGUCAAGUGUUGGCUAUCGUCGUCGCCGUCAAGAUGGAAGCAGUUCGUCGCUAAUAGGGUUUCGGAGAUUCAGUACAUCACGAAGGACGGUGUCUGGAAUCACGUUGCUGGACUGCAGAAUCCGGCGGACAUCAUUUCCCGCGGAAUGGCUCCCGUACAACUGCAAUACGAAUCGCUCUGGUUCAGUGGGCCGUAUUGGCUGAGGUCGGACGAAUGCAACUGGCCAUCAGCCCCACCGAUCAGCGAAGACGAAUUCAAUCCGGUGGAUCUCGAGGUCAAGACCGUCUCGGCAGCACUUCCAGUCAUCCAACCAAGCGAUAUCUUCAGCCUCCGAUCAUCGUUCAGCGACCUCCAGCGCCUCACUGCCUGGAUAUUACGAUUCCGCUACAAUUCGCAAUCGGCAAACCGAAGUACGCGACGUCAAGGAGCCCUCACGAAACUAGAACUCGAAGAAGCGACGAAGGUGUUGGUUCGCCUCUGCCAGCAAGAAAGCUUUCCGCAGGAGUUGGCAGACCUGACGAGCGGCAGAGAAGUUAGAGAAUCGUCGAAGAUCCUAGCUCUAAACCCGCAACUUGAAGACGGAAUACUGUGCGUCGGCGGCCGGCUUCGUCACGCGUCAAUCACGAACCGCCGCAAGCAUCCGUACAUCCUCGAUCAUCGACAUCUGUUCGCUUACAUCGUCGUCUCGCACUACCAUCGAAAGUUGCUGCAUGGCGGACAACAACUGAUUAUUUCGACCGUCCGAGAACGUUUCUGGCCGACAAGCGUCUGGAAUCUCGUGCGGAAGGUGCUUCACGAGUGCGUGCCCUGCUUUCGAGUCAGACCCAAGAUCCAGGAUCAGCUCAUGGCUGACCUUCCACCGGAAAGAGUCACUCCUUGUCCACUCCUUGUCCACCGUCCAGCGCUGAAGAUCUUCGUCGCCGUCUACAUCUGCCUCGUUACCAAGGCUGUACACUUGGAGCUAGCGGCAGACUUGUCCGCUCAAGGUUUCAUUGCGACCUUGAAGCGCUUCUCCUCCCGGCGUGGCAAGCCGAACUUAAUCAUGUGCGACAAUGGCAGAAACUUCGUUGGAGCGAGACGUCAACUAGACUUCGUCGGCUCGCGGUCGCCAAACUUCGGCGGACUGUGGGAGUCAGCAGUCAAAUCGUUCAAGCUGCUGUUCAAACGGACGAUCGGCACGCACACGCUCCUGUACGACGAGAUGUCAACGAUUUUGGCCCAGGCGGAAGCAGUUCUGAAUUCGAGACCGCUGACGCCGCUCAGUAAUGACCCGGACGAUUUCGAAGCGUUAACUCCCGGGCAUUUCCUCAUUCAGCGUCCCCUCACGGCCAUUCCGGAACCAGAUCUGGAUGGAAUUCCCGAGAAUCGACUGUCAGCCUUCCAAAAGGCUCAACGGUACCGUUUUCUAUGCGGCCGAAACUAUGUAGUCGAGAUGGGGCUGGUGUCGUUUGACGGCGCCGGAACUGGAAACAAAUGA